AUGUGACUUUGUAUCACACUGAACUUUCUCAUGUGAAAGUUGUCUGACCAAGCAGCACAGCAACUAAACUCAAGUCCCUUCAGCUCUUGAUUGGUCCCUGUAUCUGUUUGGCAACGGGCCAGUAAUAUCAGACUUUCCCACACUUGGCAAUGAUACAUUUUCAUGCAAAGUUCAGUCGGGGUCACGAGUAUGUAUUUAAUCGGGGGUGUCUAUCUAAGGAGCAGAUGUCAAAAGAGCAGAUGUCAAGACAACCAAAAUGCAGCCGGUGCAGACACCAUGGCAUCAUUGUCCCGCAGAAGGGCCACACAAAGCUGUGCCCUUUUCUGAGAUGUGACUGCUGGAAGUGUUGCUUGGUGGCGGAGAGAACAAGAAUCCAGCGAGGACUCAAGAAAUUCAAAAACGGAGAGCAAUAUCCGCGCGUCGACUCAACUUUCGGCGUGAAGAAACCUGCAGCUAAGAAAACACCUUGUGCGGCCUCGGGCACAUCUGGAUAUCUGUGCCCCACAUCGGGAGGGGUCCCGGUCCUGGAGCGGGACACCAACAACAACCCCUCGACACCUCUGGAUCUCCGGAGCAGACCUGCCGAGGGACGACAGAGUCUGGCCGGUUUGGAGAGCAGGAACGGGCUGCCCUUCGCUUCAGAUGCUCCUAACUUUGGUGAAUUUGACCAGCCUCCUCCACCUCUGCCUUUUAUCCACUUUCCGUUUUGGAUGCCUGGUCAUUACUCCGGCAGCUACGCCCUGUGUCCAAACUUCAUGAUCAACAUGCCUCCGGGGCUUUACGACGACGCCCUCUGUGGACCCCUGAUGUUCCCCCAUUUCCAGCCAGGUGCUCUGUAUAACCCGCCUCCGCCUGAGCCUGGACCUCCUGCUUUGUCAGGAUUGCAGGACGUCCUUCACCCGUCAGCCAGCUCUGCUCCAAGAGGCCCCCCAGGAGGUCAAACUCACUGAGACUCCUCGAUGAAAGGAGGAUAAGAAAGAUAACAAGGGGACUAUAAACGUUCAU